AUAAACCUCCUACCCUUCAGACUCUACACAACUUUUCCCAGAACACAGCCUUCUAACAAGAUGAAACCUGCCUUCUUUCUCCUGCUCAUCCUCAUCCCCCUUCUAGCACUGAUGUCCCCUGGUCAUGCUGACUGCACCUUGGACUCCAUUGUGGAGAAAAAAAUAAAGGAAUCUCUUGCCUCAUCAGAGCUUGGAAGUAAGGCACGCCUUUCUUGUAUAAAUGUGGUCACCCAAGGCAAACUGGCCACUUGCCCAGCAGGGUUUAUAGUCACUGGCUGUGCCUGUGGUUAUGGCUGUGGUUCCUGGGAUGUUCGAGGGGACAACGUAUGUCAUGUCAGUGCACAAACGUGGGCUGGACCAGUGCUCGUUGCUGCCAACUUUCCAAAUGAGAGGAAAGUGGGAACAUCACCACACUUGACCUUGAUUUGCUGA